CGGCGCUCUCUCCCAGCUGAUAGGGUGACGUUCCGUUUGGAGGCUUGGAGAUUGGCUUUUUGAUUUGGCUUCUUGCGGCAGCUUAAUGGGCAAAGCUCUCCGCUCGCCCAGAAACCAGCCUCUCCGCGCGUCCCCUCUGCGCUCGGCGAGGCCGAGACGUCUCCCGCGGUGACAGCGUGCAAGGCGGAGAGCCGGCGCGCUCCCAGCCCCGGGAAAGCCCAGGCGACGCGACCGCAAGCCCGAGCCCGGGUCCCUCGGAGCCGCCAGGGCGCGCCGGGCUGCUCCCCUUCCUGCCCCUCCCGGCAGGAAUCCCCCGCCGCCCGCGGCCGGGACUCCGGGCCUCUCCCGGGCGUAGAUUCCAGCCCCCGCUCUGGGUAGGGGUUUCCCUCUUUCUGAAAUCCGCGCGGAAGGACCCCUCCCGGGGCCCCUCGCCCUGGCCCCAGACACCCGCCCGCCUAGACCCCGCGCUCCAGAUGCGCUGCCCGGCAGCUCCUUGACAGCUGCGAGCCCACGAACCCCGGCGGGCGGGCAGCGGCGGACUGACAUGCCCCGGACGCGGCUGCGGCCGGCGGGCAGCCCGCGGGGGCGAUGAGCCGCUGCGGCCGGUGAGGCGCCCGGUGGCAGGGGCACCGCGUACCUUCCUCACCCCCCUCACUUGCCCACUCCGCUCGGGAGGCCGAGAGGAAACGGUCUCUGGCCUAUCAGGAGGACGAUUGGUGCUGCAAUAGAAGCCAGUGGCUAAGUCUCGUGUAUGGCGUGGUUAAGGUUGCAGCCUCUCACCUCUGCCUUCCUCCAUUUUGGCCUGGUUACCUUUGUACUCUUCCUGAAUGGUCUUCGAGCAGAGGCUGGUGGCUCAGGGGAUGUACCAAGCACAGAGCAGAACAAUGAGUCCUGUUCAGGGUCAUCGGACUGCAAGGAGGGUGUCAUCCUGCCAAUCUGGUACCCGGAGAACCCUUCCCUUGGGGACAAGAUUGCCAGGGUCAUUGUCUAUUUUGUGGCCCUGAUAUACAUGUUCCUGGGGGUGUCCAUCAUUGCUGACCGCUUCAUGGCAUCUAUUGAAGUCAUCACCUCUCAAGAGAGAGAGGUGACAAUUAAAAAACCCAAUGGAGAAACCAGCACAACCACUAUUCGGGUCUGGAAUGAAACUGUCUCCAACCUGACCCUUAUGGCCCUGGGUUCCUCUGCUCCUGAGAUACUCCUCUCUUUAAUUGAGGUUUGUGGUCAUGGGUUCAUUGCUGGUGAUCUGGGACCUUCUACCAUUGUAGGGAGCGCAGCCUUCAACAUGUUCAUCAUCAUUGGCAUCUGUGUCUACGUGAUCCCAGAUGGAGAGACUCGCAAGAUCAAGCACCUACGAGUCUUCUUCAUCACUGCUGCUUGGAGUAUCUUUGCCUACAUCUGGCUCUAUAUGAUUCUGGCAGUCUUCUCCCCUGGUGUGGUCCAGGUUUGGGAGGGCCUCCUCACCCUCUUCUUCUUUCCAGUGUGUGUCCUUCUGGCCUGGGUGGCAGAUAAACGACUGCUCUUCUACAAAUACAUGCACAAAAAGUACCGCACAGAUAAACACCGAGGAAUUAUCAUAGAGACAGAGGGUGACCACCCUAAGGGCAUUGAGAUGGAUGGGAAAAUGAUGAAUUCCCAUUUUCUAGAUGGGAACCUGGUGCCCCUGGAAGGGAAGGAAGUGGAUGAGUCCCGCAGAGAGAUGAUCCGGAUUCUCAAGGAUUUGAAGCAAAAACACCCAGAGAAGGACUUAGAUCAGCUGGUGGAGAUGGCCAAUUACUAUGCUCUUUCCCACCAACAGAAGAGCCGCGCCUUCUACCGGAUCCAAGCCACCCGUAUGAUGACUGGUGCAGGCAAUAUCCUGAAGAAACAUGCAGCAGAACAAGCCAAGAAGGCCUCCAGCAUGAGCGAGGUGCAUACCGAUGAGCCUGAGGACUUUAUUUCCAAGGUCUUCUUUGACCCGUGUUCUUACCAGUGCCUGGAGAACUGUGGGGCUGUACUCCUGACAGUGGUGAGGAAAGGGGGAGACAUGUCAAAGACCAUAUAUGUGGACUACAAAACAGAGGAUGGUUCUGCCAAUGCAGGGGCUGAUUAUGAGUUCACAGAGGGCACGGUGGUUCUGAAGCCAGGAGAGACCCAGAAGGAGUUCUCCGUAGGCAUUAUUGAUGAUGACAUUUUUGAGGAGGAUGAACACUUCUUUGUAAGGUUGAGCAAUGUCCGCAUAGAGGAGGAGCAGCCGGAGGAGGGGAUGCCUCCAGCAAUAUUCAACAGUCUUCCCUUGCCUCGGGCUGUCCUAGCCUCCCCUUGUGUGGCCACAGUUACCAUCUUGGAUGAUGACCAUGCAGGCAUCUUCACUUUUGAAUGUGAUACUAUUCAUGUCAGUGAGAGUAUUGGUGUUAUGGAAGUCAAGGUUCUGCGGACAUCAGGUGCACGGGGUACAGUCAUCGUCCCCUUUAGGACAGUAGAAGGGACAGCCAAGGGUGGCGGUGAGGACUUUGAAGACACAUAUGGGGAGUUGGAAUUCAAGAAUGAUGAAACUGUGAAAACCAUAAGGGUUAAAAUAGUAGAUGAGGAGGAAUACGAAAGGCAAGAGAAUUUCUUCAUUGCCCUUGGUGAACCGAAAUGGAUGGAACGUGGAAUAUCAGCGCUCCUGUUAUCUCCAGAGUUGACAGACAGGAAGCUGACUCUGGAGGAAGAAGAGGCCAAGAGGAUAGCAGAGAUGGGAAAGCCAGUAUUGGGUGAACACCCCAAACUAGAAGUCAUCAUCGAAGAGUCCUAUGAGUUCAAGACUACGGUGGACAAACUGAUCAAGAAGACAAACCUGGCCUUGGUUGUGGGGACCCAUUCCUGGAGGGACCAGUUCAUGGAGGCCAUCACCGUCAGUGCAGCAGGGGAUGAGGAUGAGGAUGAAUCCGGGGAGGAGAGGCUGCCCUCCUGCUUUGACUACGUCAUGCACUUCCUGACAGUCUUCUGGAAGGUGCUGUUUGCCUGUGUGCCCCCCACAGAGUACUGCCACGGCUGGGCCUGCUUCGCCGUCUCCAUCCUCAUCAUCGGCAUGCUCACCGCCAUCAUUGGGGACCUGGCCUCGCACUUCGGCUGCACCAUUGGUCUCAAGGAUUCAGUCACAGCUGUUGUUUUCGUGGCAUUUGGCACCUCCGUCCCAGAUACAUUUGCCAGCAAAGCUGCUGCCCUCCAGGAUGUAUAUGCAGACGCCUCCAUUGGCAACGUGACGGGCAGCAAUGCCGUCAAUGUCUUCCUGGGCAUCGGCCUGGCCUGGUCCGUGGCCGCCAUCUACUGGGCUCUGCAGGGACAGGAGUUCCACGUAUCGGCUGGCACGCUGGCCUUCUCCGUCACCCUCUUCACCAUCUUUGCAUUUGUCUGCAUCAGCGUGCUCUUGUACCGACGGCGGCCACACCUGGGAGGGGAGCUUGGUGGCCCCCGUGGCUGCAAGCUCGCCACGACAUGGCUCUUUGUAAGCCUGUGGCUCCUCUACAUACUCUUUGCCACACUAGAGGCCUAUUGCUACAUUAAGGGGUUCUGAGCUGCAGAACAGAGCCUCCGACAGGGCAGGCCUAAGACUUCUCCUAAGAGAAGGGCACUUCCCCACCAGUGACCUCUCCAGGCUGCGUUGCCCUAGAGAGGCAGCAUCAGGACCCAAGCCCCAGGAACUUCACCCAACUUAGGCCCUGGCAAUGAACUGAAAGGGCAAAGUCUUAAUCAAUCAAACAAUGGAGGAAUCACCGACUUUACACAGUAUUUAAUUAAAUACAAACAAACAACAGCAACAAAUCCACCUCCACCCCAUCUCCUCCUCAUAUCCCUGACCCAAAGCAAAGGUCAGAGCCUUUCACCUCCUUCUGAUUAUUCCACCUUCUGAUUAUUCCUUUGCCUCUCAUUUCUUUGGAGGCAGGGUUUCUCCUCUCUGCCCAAUUCCAUAUGUCCCUAUUAUCUCACUCAGCUGAUAAGACGUGAAAAUGAGUCACACUCAUGUGGCUAGGGUGGGGUUCUUUUUUCAUUGUAAUCAUUAUUGUGGUUGCUUUCAUUUUGCCAUUAGGUUUUGCUUAUUGUUUUGUUUUGUCUUUUUUUUUUUUUUCUGAAGUGAGUGAAAAAGGUGCCACGAAGGAAUUCCAGGUCUGAGCCAACAGAGAGAAACAUGAAUUUUCAGACACAUGCUCUCCCACCACCCCUUGGCUCCAUCAAGAUCCAGUUCCCCAUCUCACUGUUUUCUCUGAGUUCUUGGGAGGAGUGAUGGCAUUGGGGUAGAAAUAAGCUCACUCACCCAUGCAGGGUACUAAAGAUCUUACAGGAGCUUCAACUGGAGCAGGAGGAGCUUUUUAUACUUACGUUGAAUCAAGUCAAAUACAAAAAGCAAUUGUCCCUCUUUGCCCAAGUCUUUCCAGUUCUGUGUGUCUUAUAGUGUCCAUGUCCACUUGUGUAUCCUUCUGCAGGAAGACCCACCAAGUAGGAGAGAUGGGACAAAAAUAGGAAUGGCGUGUGAUGACAAAGGGCUACUGGAAGAACAAAAGGGAUUCAGCCCUUCUUAGUAUCUUUGACUUUGUACCUGAGGCAGGAGAGAAGAGAUAUCCAACCAGUGAGAGAUUUAAGUGAAAAGUUUGUAUUUUAAAUGUCAAUGUGCUUGAGAAAUGUCACCUUCACCACUCUCUUGCUUCCUAAUGCUCUAUACAAAGAGAGCUGACUAUAUUUCUUGAAGUAGUGUAAAAACUUAAGAGAUUUUAUAAGAGAACAAGGGGCUCCCUUCACCUCUCCUGGUCCCUCAGGUCACAUAGGAAAGCAUUUUUACAAGAUAGGAACUGGAAUUCCUCAUUUCUCCCACGUUCCUGCUUGUUUUUAAACUUCAUGAAGCUCUUUUUCCAGCCUAUGGGGUAGUUCUUGCUCCAGUAAGAGGAAUCUUAGUUGUCAUAAUCCUGUGGAGCCUGGGUUUUUAGAGAAAGAGAUCUCUGUGCCCUACAGACCUUUUCCCAACAAAUGUGGGAAGGACCUGGCUUUAACACACACACACACACAUACACGCAAAUAAACAGACAUAAGAUGUCAUCACGAAACUGCCCACGGAUCUUUAGGCUUUCUGCAUUGACAUAAAUACAUUUUCUAAGCGGGGGAGAAAUUAAAAAACACCUGUUAAUUUUAAACACAUUUUUUAAGAAAAAAAUAACUAAAAAAGAAACAGUGCUCAUGUCAUAAGCUAUGUUGACAGUUGCCAGUGGAAAUGUUGGGUUGGUUCAAAAAAAAAUAAAAGCUAUACUUAUAUCUCUCUACAUA